CAAGAACACUCGCUAGAACAUUUUCACUGGAAAGACUGGCCCGAUCGAGGUGUGCCUGCUUCAACGACGUUAUCGAUCUUCCGACUUCUUCGCAAGGUGAAUCGCCUCACGCCAUGUGUUGUGCAUUGCUCAGCAGGCAUUGGACGCACCGGUACAGUAGUCGGAAUUGAUUUGCUUUAUCGACGACUAGAAAAGGGUGAAAAAGACGCAACUCUACUCAAAGUGGUCGGCGAACUUCGAGAAAUGCGACAUGGAGCUGUUCAAAUGGAUGCACAAUACCUCUACAUGCAUCGGAUUUUACUAGUGGUCGCGGAGAACUUGAAGAUAAUCACUCCAGAAGAGACGCAGAAAUUCAACGACGAUUAUGAUCAAAUGCUUAAGAGUCGCGGUUUCACGUGA